GAGCUGAACAUGGCCAUUAACACGGACACCGACUUCCUGAAGUCCGACCUGGGUGAGGGUGGAGGAGGCGCGCCGCCUUUGGACGCCCAUGAGACGGAGAAACUAUUGGCGGUGACCACUGAGCCUGGAGGAAACGGGAUGAAGAUGUCCACCUCCUUCACGGUCAGCAUGAAGGAGGGACUGGAGGCCGACCAGAAUGGCCACAGCGUCGCAGUGAGGACGGGCUCCGUCGGGCAGCUGGCCGCCGCCGCCCCCCUCUCCCCAUCCAAAGCCAGUCUGAGCCGCUCCUCCACCGGGAACGCCACUGUGCAGGAGACCCCGAAGCCCAGGGAUUACCUCAUCCUGGUCAUCCUGUCCUGCUUCUGCCCCGUCUGGCCCGUCAGCAUCGUCGCACUGGUGUACUCCAUCAUGUCCAGAAACAGUCUACAGUCAGGGGAUAUGGACGGGGCCAGGAGGCUGGGUCGUCUGGCUCGUCUGCUCAGUAUCGUCUCCAUCGUCCUAGGCGUGGUCAUCAUCACAGUCUUCGUCUCAAUUCAAGGUACAGAAACAUGA